AUGGGACAAUCAUCGUCGAGCGAAGACGCAAGACACGCUUCAACCGAGCAGCUGAGCCAUCAACUGGCCCUCAAAUUCGCCAGACGCUGCUUCAGCCCGCUCGAACUCUAUUCCUUCGAAGAUGUUUUCAACUCUCUCGCCGACAAGCAAGAUGAUAUCUCAUUUCUUAAAGAGGAUACCGUAGCGCGCCUACUUGAAAUCCCAGAUGUCCUCGGCGUCUCCUCGAUUUUAUUUCAAAUGAUGUCGUAUCUAGGCGCAUUUCCGUUUGGGCAAGAUGCACCGGUCGUGCUGGGGUUUGAGCAGAUGAUCAUGGUAGUUGUUAUCAUGACCGAGAGGUAUGCGAGGGUGCUGAAGAAGGGCGGACGGGAUAGGACGAAGUUGCUAUUUCGAAGUCUGGCAGUCUUCGACCGGGGCGAGAAGGAGGAGAAUGUUAAGCCGGAAGCGGAUACACAAGCGGUUUCUGAGCCAGCGAGAAGCUACAGUCAGGGUUUCGCUGUGGACGAUGCUGCGAAUGACGAGGAAGAAGAAGACGACGACGAUUUGGCUCUUGCGGCCCUGGAAUCCCUAGAUGCGAUAGAAGUCUUCCGGCACGGCGACGCCCCUAUCAAUCAAGCUUCCAUACCUUCUGACAACCUCAAGAAGCUAAUAAUGCUUCUUCUACUGAUAGCACCUCUUUCCCCUCAACAAAGCCUCGCCCGAAAUCCUGAAAGACUAUCAGGCGACCAGCUUGAAGGCCUCCGCAAAACUGCGGACAACGUUCUGGCAGCAUUUGUUAACGUCGAGAAGUUUCCUGGCGUCAAAAUACAUCAAUUCAAUACCGUUAUACCCACUUCCUUACCAUUUCUGUUCAAUGGCUUUAAUGCCCUGUUCGAGCAUUUUUUGUUCUCAAAGAACAUCGAUUUUACGAAGAGGAAAGGCGAUUCUGCUGCACCAUUGCCCCCUCCAGAUCCAGUGAUGGACCAACCGCUUCUUCCUCGAACGGGAGAGAUUUUGGACCUGAACGUGCUAUCACAACUGUCCUUCUUCCUCCCCGGCGACUCCCUCUUCAGACGUCUACGGCUGCUUUAUUCAGGCGGAGACGCAGGCUUCUCCAUGGGCAGCUUCGAAACCAAAGUCUUCAACUGGCGUGCCCCCACCAUCUUCCUCGUAUCAGGAAACCGCAUCUCCGAGCCUCCCUCCUCCGGCCAAGAACGCGGCUUUGCAGACGCACUUCCCCCCAAACGCUUCCCAGACAGCAGCAAAUCCACGCACAUGGUCUUUGGCGUCUACGUCGGCCAGCACUGGCGCCAAACACACAAGGAGUGUUUUGGCGACACCGAGACCCUGCUCUUCCAACUCGAGCCCGUCCACGAGGUCUACCACGCGUCGUCAUUAAACAGGGACUACAUCUCCUUCGCUAAACCGCCCAGCGCGCACUCGGGCAUUGCCUUCGGGUGCCCGCAUCCUAAAGCUAAACAGACGGCCGGCUUGUCCACGCAUGCCAGCCUGGGUGCAGUUUCGCUGCUGCUCGACUCGAGUUUUGAGUUCGGGGUCUUCACGCAUAACUACACCUCUGGGGGUGGCGCGUUCCGGAAUAGUGAGACGAGGAAGUUUGAUUGGCAGGAUCGGUUCGAGGUGGAGAGUUUGGAGGUUUGGGGCUGUGGCGGGGACAAGGAGGCGGAGGGGCAGAAGGAGAGGUGGGCUUGGGAGGAGAGAGAGGCGGAGGCAAGGAGAAGGGUCAAUUUAGGCACGGGUGAUAUUGAGGCUGAUCGAGCGCUGCUGGAGAUGGCUGGAUUGAUUGGGAGUAACAGGAGUGGCGGUUCGAUGAAUUGA